AUGGCGCCUCUUUUUGGUCUUCCAGACGAAGUCAUUCUGGCACCGUCAAUCCAAUCCUAUCCCUGUAGAGAGCAUCAGAUUCGAACCCUAGCAACGCUAUUACAUCCAGAUGCAGCUCCUUGCCGAAAUCUAGUGGUCCACGGUGCGACAGCCACAGGAAAAUCCGCCAUCGUUUCCCAACUCGUCUCCGACCUUGUCACAAAUAUAAACAACGAUGCCUCCUCCGGUGGACUACAGACCGCAGUGGUCAAUUCUGUACAAUGUAUCACAGGACGACAUCUGUUCGAGAGUAUAGUCGGACAAGUGGCUGAGGCGCUGCAGUGGGAGGAAAUUCCACGACGAUGCGAAACGUUGGCGCAGUUGACGGUCGAGUUGGUCAAGAUGAUCCAGUAUCCUAAAAGGGAUCCUCGAUGGCGUUUCGUGUUGGUACUGGAUGCGAUUGAUCGACAGAGAGAUGCGCCCCCUACAUUAUUGCCCGCCCUGGCGAGACUAUCAGAAAUUAUUCCCUCUCUCACAUGCGUCUUCAUCGUCACAUCCCCACCGGCCGGUUUUCUACGAUCACCCUCCUCAGCUCACCUUUUGUUCCCGCCGUACGAGAAGAAAGAAUUCGUCCGCAUCCUAUCCCUUGCGCCACCAAAACCUAUUGCCACAUGCACGCAGCAAGAAACUGAUGAUCUCUGGACUCGCUUCUGUGCCGCUGUAUACGACUCCCUUACGAAAUCCGCCUCCCGAACAUUACCUUCAUUUCAACAUAGCUGCCACGCACUUUGGCCGCGCUUCACAGCCCCUAUUUUAGCCGGAACACACUUACCGAAAGAGUUCUCGAAGCUGCUCAUCGCAGGCAGAGUACAUUUCCAAGACGAGUCUUUGCUCAACCCGAGCAUUGUCUCUGUUCGACCCAAGAACAAGCCUGUCGAGACCGUAUCGACAAAACCCACAGCCUCCGCGACCGAUCUGACAAAUCUUCUUCCCACGACCGCUCGCCUUAUUCUCCUAUCAGCUUAUCUCGCCUCCCAUAACGCAACUCGUCAUGAUCUGACGCUCUUUUCAACGUAUAAUCACGGCCGCAAACGUCGCCGGGGAGGUGGCGUUGCUCGAGGGCCUACUCGUUCAAAACACCGAAAGAUUGCUCGCAAGCUGCUUGGUGCACAUGCUUUUGUUCUCGAACGCAUGAUGGCCAUCUUCGCCGCUGUGCGAUCGGAGUGGGCAGACGGCACUACCGUUGGUGCAGCAGGACUCGAUGCGGAUGUAGCUAUGGCCAUAUCAACGCUUGCUAGCUUGAGAUUGCUCACGCGGGUGGGAGGCGCCGGGGAUGUGAUGGAUAGAGGAGGCAAAUGGAGGAUCAAUGUUGCCUGGGAAGUGAUACGUGGAAUAGGAAGAAGCAUAGGAGUGGAGGUUGAAGAAUGGCUGAUAGAUUAA